CUUCCUUUCUCUUCUCUUAUCUUCUUUAAUAAAAAAUCACAAAAAAACUCUCAUCUCCUUUUCUUUUAUUACUCUCCUAAGUCUCCGACUCCUACUCCGAGAACUCUCUCCAUCUCUCUCUCUCUCUUGUCAUAACAAAUGAUAGAUUUAGAGUUCAGAGAUUACAACACUGACAGAUCUCUCUCUCCUUUUCUUCUUCCUUUGAUUUGAUUCAUAAGAGAGAGAGUGAGUUUGAGCUAUGCAGUUUUAAGGCGGUGUUGUUUUUUUGACUUUUUGAGUUUAGGGUUUGGAAAAAAAAUGGAAGGCGGCCCCGGGCAUCGGUUAUCGGCGCCGUGCUGGGGCAGAAGGGUAAUAGCGAAUAACAAGAAGAGAGUGAGAGGAGGAGACGGGUGCAUAAACAGCGUUAAGAAACUUCACCGCCGCGAGAUUUCUUCGAACCGCAAUCGCGCUUUUUCCAUCACCAAUGCUCAGGAGAGAUUCCGCAACAUGCGUUUGAUGGAAGAGUAUGACACUCACGAUCCGAAGGGUCACAAUUCCCCAGUUUUGCCUUUCUUGAUGAAGAGAGCCAAAGUCAUUGAGAUUGUUGCUGCCCGUGACAUUGUCUUCGCUUUAGCCCAUUCUGGCGUCUGUGCUGCUUUCAGUAGAGAGACAAACCAAAGGAUAUGUUUUUUGAAUGUGUGUCAUGAUGAAGUCAUUCGGAGUUUGUUUUAUAAUAAGAACAAUGACUCCCUUAUUACUGUCUCUGUUUACGCUUCUGACAACUUCAGUUCUUUGAAAUGUAGAUCCACAAGGAUUGAAUACAUUCGGAGGGGAAAGCCGGAUGCGGGUUUUCCUCUUUUUGAGUCUGAGUCUUUAAAGUGGCCUGGGUUUGUAGAGUUUGAUGAUGUUAAUGGAAAGGUGCUAACCUACUCUGCACAAGAUAGUAUAUACAAGGUGUUUGACCUGAAAAACUAUACAAUGCUUUACUCUAUUUCGGAUAAACAUGUGCAAGAAAUCAAGAUCAGUCCUGGAAUCAUGUUAUUGAUUUUCAAUAGAGCUAGCAGUCAUGUUCCUCUUAAGAUUCUAUCAAUAGAAGAUGGCACAGUUCUCAAAUCAUUCAAUCAUCUACUUCAUCGAAACAAGAAGGUGGACUUCAUUGAACAAUUCAAUGAAAAGCUUCUUGUCAAGCAAGAAAAUGAAAAUCUUCAGAUUCUCGAUGUUCGAAAUGCCGAGCUGAUGGAAGUUAGCAGAGCUGAGUUCAUGACUCCGUCUGCAUUUAUCUUUCUUUAUGAGAACCAGUUAUUCCUGACAUUCAGAGAUCGAACUGUUGCUGUUUGGAACUUUCGUGGGGAGCUUGUGACUUCAUUUGAGGAUCACCUUUUAUGGCAUCCAGACUGCAACACAAAUAACAUAUAUAUUACAAGUGACCAGGAUCUUAUUAUAUCUUACUGCAAGGCUGAUUCUGAUGAACAAUGGAUGGAAGGAAAUGCUGGGUCUAUCAAUAUCAGCAACAUCUUGACUGGGAAGUGCCUAGCUAAAAUAAAUGCCACCAACGGCAUUCCCAAGGGUGAUGAGUGUAGCACCAGUGCUGGCAGCUCAAAGAAGCAGGAUUACUCCAAAGUGAGAAGCACAGUUGCAGAGGCUUUGGAAGACAUUACUGCCCUUUUCUAUGAUGAAGAACGGAAUGAGAUAUAUACUGGUAACAGGCAUGGUCUGGUUCAUGUGUGGUCUAACUGAAAAUAGAUUGUUCUUUAGUUUGCCAUGGGCACUAAGACUGUCGUCAGAGUAUUGGCUUUUCUUUUGGCUAGCCCUGUUGCAUAUAUCAUGAUGGGAUAGCUUCAGUGCACUCAAUGGUUUUUCAUGAGGCUUUCAGAGUGAUCUUGGAUUGUAUCAUUUGUUGAUCUGUGUAAUUCUUAUGUAAUUUUGUAGAUUUGCUUUUAGGGAAUUAUAGGCUGCCUGAUUGAGAUGCAAGGAUGACAUGCCUUUAGAAAUCUAGCAAAUUAUGUGCGAAUCUCUCUCUCUCUCUGAGUUAGAUCCCAACAAGUCUGAUUUUCUGUGUACUUUUUAAUGAACAAUUAAACAGAAUGAGUUUAUAUCACUAUUACCAGGAGUGCAAAUAUAGUAGUAGCAGGACUAGGAUGGUAUUACUGUGCUACCUUCUCCUAUGAGAGAUUAUCUUUUAAGUUUCACAA